GAUAGAGUGGAGGCUCUUUAGUAGUGGAGACAAAACUACUUCACAACAGAGUCAAAAUACAUUUUGACUGAAUCUCUGUCGUCUUCGGGGACUUUUUGGUUUUCCACUGAAGCAAGGAAACUAUGGAGCACUUCCAAGAUCAGGGUUGUGAUGGCAUUGAGCUGCUCGACUGGCUGUUUGAUCAAAACGAUGGAAUCCUCCGUCACGAGGAAACAGGACGCCAUGGCAACCAUCACACCUGGCCAGUCCAGGACCCAAAUAUGCUGCAGCCGUCGGAAAAGGCCGAUGAUGACUUCCUCAAAGCCCUCCUGAGUGGAAGUGAUUCUGUGUCAGGCUCGCCUCUCUGGCCCUCUUCUCCCAGUGACAGUGGGAUCAGUGAGGACCCUCCCUCGGACCAGAUGGACAGCCCUCAGCGUCCCGAGAGCCCCCCCGGGGACGUGCAGUAUUUCGGUGGGAGGCCACAAACCAAGGCAGGCCUCGAAGCCAGCAUCUCCACUGAUCUCAAUGGCUGGGAGGCCAGAAUUCCAACGGGCAGGACGAGGAUUACGCAAUAUCCUUCUGAUGUACAACGGCCACAGUUGUCUUCUGGCUUCCCUCUAACUGUCAAGGAUCUGCUGCUGUCUGGCACAUCAGAGCCCCCCCCACUCCCAUCCCAACAGUCCAUUCAAGAGUUGAUUCUCAAUGAAGAUGAGAAAAAGCUUUUGGUGAAGGAGGGGGUGACUCUACCCAGCCAACUACCUCUAACAAAGUAUGAAGAAAGGAUUCUGAAGAAAAUACGCAGAAAGAUUCGCAAUAAGCAGUCUGCUCAGGAGAGCAGGAAGAAGAAGAAGGAGUAUAUCGACGGGCUGGAGAGCAGGAUGGCUGCCUGCAACGCACACAACCAGGAGCUGCAGAGGAAGGUGUCCCAGCUGCAGAAAUGCAACAUGUCACUAAUGGAACAGUUGCGCAGGCUGCAGGCCAUGGUCAUGAAUAGCUCUAACAAGCCGGCCCAGACUGGGACAUGUGUACUGGUGCUUCUGCUCUCCUUCUCACUGAUCCUGUUCCCCAGCCUCAAGCCUUUCUCUGACACCAAGGUCAGCCAGGGAGACUUCAGUCCAGUCAGAAUCCAGUCACGGUCCCUGCAGAACAUACAGGCUUCCCGUGUGCUGCCUGUCACUGAAUCCAUGUUCCCCGCUGAGGAUGAAUCGGAGCCUCUGCACCGGCAUCUCCCAGAAGACCGGGUAUUGGAAGAUAUUACCACCAUGAUGGGAAAGCUGGGAGUGAACCCAGACCAGUCCAGUGUGGAGCCCAUGGCUCUAAACAGCAGUCAGCAAGAAAGGAUGGGUCAUUACCAUGUGGACCCAAUUACUGGUCACAUAGCUUCUUUGACCUUCGAUCCCCAUCGCUCUGCCAGGCUGCGACCACAUGCGGAUGACAUGUAAAAGGAAUUGAGAAAUUAUUGCUUCGUGAAUUCCCUAAAUCGUCCUGAUAGCAGGGCAGGGAAUUAUCUGGGGCGAUACUGUUUACACAGACAGGGCGAGCAGGUUUAAAUGAAUCCUUUUUUGCCUUUAAUAUCAUAAUAUUCAGUCUGUAUGUCUUUUCCUUAUUUGUGAUACUGUUUUAUAUCAGUAUAUGGAUUUUGAAUCUUACACUAAAAUUAUUAAUUGCUAGUGAGAAUUAGUUUGUUUGAGAUUGUCAAAAAAAGCUGGGCAAAUAGAGCUGUGAUCAUGUGUACAGUUUUGAUCUCAAUGGAUAAUUUGUAAAAUGUCGAAGGAUUUUGAAAGCAUGUUUUCAUUGAAGAAUUUAUUGGAACUGUUUGGAUUAAUUCCUUGAUAAAAACUGCCACAAAUAAAAGAUGUCAAAACGAGA